AUGGCGGAUUCUUUGUUAUCUUCGAUUGCUACUUUCCAUACCACAAAGAUCAUCGUCAAUGACUCUUCCAAGUUUCCCUUCAUCGGUUCCAUCCCUGAAACGAUGUAUAGGUGUGUUUUUGCUGCUAGUAUUCUCAUUAUGGAAUACAAGAAAUUACCUUUUUUCGGUCCAAGAGAACUCACUCCCGAGAUGCAACGUUUCCUCGAUGAGGCUGAUAAGUUAAAGAAAGGGGGCAAGAAAGGGAUAAAAAAGAAAGAAGUUCACGAGAGUCCAUCCUUUAAACUUAUCACACCCAAGAAGCGAAAGGGUAAAAAUGUUGAACCUUUGGCUCCUAAUAAGCGAAUGCUGAAAGAGAAAGUGCACAAGUGA